AUGGUCGAAUUCAUCGGAGCGGCCGCUGCCAUCCCGCAGCUUGUAAAAUACGGCUUCAGUGCUGCUAAUGCUGUACCAGACUUUGCACGACGAGUGCGUAAGGCCCCCAUUACCCAAGACCGUUGGAUCGACCAGGCAACGCUUCUUACCAACGCAUCAUUGGAAGCUUGUAGACAACUUAAUACCAAUGUCAUUCCUUCACCAAUCAUGGAUCGUCUUACCGAAGAUCUGAAUAGUGUUCAAUCCGUACUGCACAAGACCACGAUACAUACCAAUGAUGGAAGAAUAGCGAAGAUGUGGAAGCACAUCAGGGUCGUAAGGAAAGAGACUGAGUUGAACAAGGAGAUGCUAGCUAUAAGUUAG